CACUGUGCUGAACAACAGUCAAAUAGUCAUAUGAUAACAGGUAGCAUUACAAAUAUAUUUCUCAAACAGCGAUAGAUAUUUGGUGGCGGUAAAAUGACGGAGUCAGAGAACAUUUUCUUAUUUGUGCCCAACAUUAUCGGCUAUGGUAGAGUGAUUCUGGCUCUCGUGUCUUUUUAUUUUAUGCCAACUAACCACAUUAUUGCAUCAUGGUGCUACAUUAUUAGUGCACUAUUGGAUGCAGUAGAUGGUCAUGCAGCUAGAUACUUUAAUCAAGGCACCAAAUUUGGUGCUAUGUUGGAUCAACUAACUGAUCGUGUUGGUACUAUGUGUUUAUUAGCGACAUUAUGUGUACUUUAUCCAUCAUACACAUUUUGGUUUCAAUUAAGCAUGGCAAUUGAUAUUGCUUGUCACUGGAUAUACUUGCAUAGCUCUCUGUUACAAGGAAAAAUAAGUCAUAAAUUUAUUGAUAUGUCUGAAAACCCAAUUAUGAGAGUGUAUUACAAUAAUCGUACAGUCUUGUUUUUUAUGUGUGCUGGUAAUGAAGCCUUUUAUGCUGCUUUGUACCUGAUUUACUUCACCGAAGGACCUAUUUUGGCUGGUAUAAGUAUAUUCAGAUUAAUUAUGUAUAUCUCUGCACCCAUUGCAUUCAUUAAGGCUAGUAUCUCAUUGUUACAUGGAUAUGUAGCUUGUAUAAAUUUAAGCAUAAUUGAUCUGAAGGAAAGACAAGUACUAAAAGGAAAUAAGCCAUCACACUCUGUAGUAUCUCCAACUUGUGCUAAACGUGAUUAAAUUGAUCUUCUUAAUUUAUUAUAUCUUACACUUAAAUGUUUACUUCCAGCUCUAUUUUUAU